CCAAGAUGGCGACGCCUGAGGCGGCGGAGGCGGGCGAGGAGGGCGCCGUGGACGCGGCUCACGCCGAGGUGCUGCAGCUGUGGCAGGCCGGCCUGGCGCGCCUCGUGAGGGACCCGCUGCUCUGCGACCUCCCCGCGCAGGUGACCCCCGAGGAGAUCGGCUCGCAGGUGGCGCUCGAGUACGGCCAGGCCAUGACGGUGCGCGUGCGCAGAGCGGACGCCCCCGAGGCCCCCAUGCCCGUGGUGGUGGUGCAGAAUGCCAGCGUCCUGGACCUGAAGAAAGCCAUCCAGCGAUUUGUGCAGCUGAAGCAGGAGCGGGCCGGGGGCAUCAAGCACAUCAGCUGGAAGUACGUGUGGCGAACAUACUGCUUAACGUUUGGCGCAGAGAAGCUGACAGAUGACGGGAAGAAGCUGAGAGAGUACGGCAUCCGAAACCGAGAUGAAGUCAGCUUCGUGAAAAAGCUCCGGAAAUGAGCUGCCAGGUGCCCUUGGGGAGGCGCUCUGAGUGCCGCUUGGCGUUUCCGAAAUGGGGAGAGGCCAGUCUUUGAAAGCCACAGCCAUGACCCAGGAGCACUUCAGACUUGCUCUGCUUCUGCCUGGUCAGCAACUGAGUCACCCGAGGGACCGGAAGGGGGGGGCGUCCUUUUGGACCCAGGAGGGUAAAGGUGUUUCCUCUGAGGCUGGCAAAGGCAGCUCUGAGUUCUGGUUCGAAGAGAGUGGGCUGUCUAUGAACUGGCGGAUUUGGGAGCAACAGCCACACAGCAGCACCUCAGCAGCAGCAGGUGCCCAGCGCCCAGCCAAAGACUCCCACCCGCUGGAGGAGUCAGCCUUAGCUGGGUUUUCAAUAAAGUGCAUGAGCAAUGGGA